AUGAAAGACAAGGAUCUGGAGAAGGAGAUCGCUGAGCUGCAGAAGCAGCGGGCGCUGGAGGAGGGCCGCCUGGCCUCCUUCGGCACCGCCUCGGGCGACUUCGACAACGACCUAUACGGCGGAUCCUCAUCCCGAGGUGCCUACGCGACGUCGAUCAGCGUCGGCGGCGAUGACGAUGAAGACGACUACGGCCACAUGUCCGAAGCCGCCAGCUCCAUCCGAAAGUUGACGGGUCGCUACACCGCGCCCAAGAGCGUGUACAGGGACAUCCCCAAGAACGACGACGAAGAGGCCGACCCGUUCGCAGAGUAUAGGAAGAGCAGGAUCUCGGACCGGGAGGACGACUACAAGAAGCGCCGCCUGCAGCGCCAGCUCUCCACCACCGGCUCCUCCUACCGCGACCGCAUGAUCGAAACCGCACUCGAGCGCGAACACGACCGUGUGCUGCGCGAGGUGGACAAGAAGAAGAAGCAGGAGAAGGAGGAGGCCGAGAAGAAGAUGAAGGAGCGGCAGGACCAGCUCAAGGAGCAGGAGAAGCUGCGGCACAAGGAGGAGAAGCGCAAGCGCAAGGACGAGCGCAAGCGGCGCAAGGAGGAGAAGCGGCGCAAGAAGCGAAGAACGACGGGCGAAGACGACGAGGGAAAGAGCGAAGACGACGAUAGCGAAGACGAAGAAAAGGCAAGCGAGAAGAAGAACGAAGAGAAAAAGAGGAGCGGAGGAGCGAGCGACGCCGGCGGCGCCGAAGCCGAGGCCGCCAGACGGAGGGCCGCCAUGGCCGCCCAUCACAAGCACAAGGAGCCGAGCGAUGCGAAGAAGCCGGAUCGGGCGUGGGUGCUGCACGUCUUCAAGAGCGGGCAGGCCCUGGGCGCACCGCUCGACGUGGCCAAGCGGAGCUGCUACCGCUUCGGCAGGGAGGCCGAGUUGUCGGACAUUGUGGCGGCGCACGAGUCGUGCAGCAAGCAGCACGCGGCGCUGCAGUUCCGCGAGGUCAACGGGGCCAUCAGGCCGUACCUGAUCGACGUGGGCAGCGCCAACGGCACCUUCGUCAACAAGCAAAGAAUCAAACCCAACGAGUAUGUGGAGCUGAAGGAGGGCGACACGGUGGUGCUGGGCUGUUCUACGCGCCAGUACGUCCUCCAGCAGGAACGCUACAAGCGACGUUGA